AUGUCCCACAUUAUUGCCCACCUCACAUUCCGUCUGAGGAAUGCUCUGUUGUGCUCGGAUCCGCAUCUGGACCAACAAACGCUCUUCGUUGUUAUCGACCGGCCUGCCAGCCUCAAAGCAUCGUACGACGUCGGUAAUCGCGCCUCUAUGCCUUCGGUACCUCCCAUCAGGAUACGAGCUCCGGCAAUUGCAUCUGCUUUGUCCAACUCCAAAGGUUGCACGCACAUAUACCUCGACCCAACGACCUAUAUACCCGUCGUCAACACCUUGGGGCAGGUGGCGACGAUAGCAGACCCACUUAGCCCAGUCCUAGUGCGCAAGGACCGAUCCCUGGUGUUCUGGCAGUAUGAGCAUCACUCCAUCGCGCAAGAUGUCGCAGAAACGUACCACAAGCUCAGGCACUAUGCUCGCACGUACGACUGCGACAAGGUGACGCCACGAUCCACUUCGCCAUAUACCCCUUUGGACGUAGGCGAACGGUAUGCUACCGGCUCUCACACAAGGGCAGCCCGGAGACAGCAACACGGACCAGGUUACACAAGCGGGACUACGCGGGGAUACAACCCCUCGUUCGCCGGCAACUCGGCGACCACAGUCCCACUCACGGUCUGGACGCUUCCGGUCGCGGUUACACCAGGGCCUGCUAGGGGAAGGAAGCGUCAGCACAGUCAACUGUCCAUCUCGACCAUUGACGCACCCACCGCCCCACCACUCGCAGACAGAGGGAUGCUCCCACUCCCACGGCGGUCGGCAUAUUCCUCUGCUCGACUCCCCAUCCAAACGACUCACAGUCUUGCCGAGACUGUGAUGUCAUCACAUGUAGCUGGUUCUGGCCCACACAUAGUGGAACAGAACACAACUCCAAACAGGUACGGCAUUGGUUACUCGAGCAACAACACCACAAGCGUGUCGAGCUCAGUAUCCGCACAACACAUAACACAGUUCGACAAUGAGACUGUCGCGGUCGACGACGGCAGUCCACAUCGAACCAAGCGCUCACGGACAUCCGCCUCCGUGACGCCCUUCUCGACUCUAUUCCGCUCCGCCACACUUCUUGCCACUUCACCGACUUCGACUUCGCCUCCCACUAUCCCAUCUGGGGCGUGGAAACCAGCUCCGCGCCCAGACAAGGGCAAGCAAAGAGCCAUGCCUCGCGAAGACGAGUCGAACACCAGCUCUCUCAGUCCUUCCCUUCGCCGAAAGCCGCAGCACGUCCAGCCCUCGCGAGGGCGCAAGCGCAAGACACGCCACGACGAUGACGCAGACACAAGUGGCCCCUCCCACAAGCGCAUCGCUGUUUCCCUCUCCUACACAGAGAGCAGCGCCUCUCCGACGCCCUCACAGGAGAGCGCUGCUUCUCCGGCGGCCUCACAGGGGAGUGCCGCUUCUUCGACGUCCUCGCAGGGGAGCAUUGCCGACGACCUGAUGUGCUCAGCAUGCUCUAAAACCUUCGGGCGGAAAGACACUAAGACACGACAUCUGAAGAGGGUUCUGUCAUGCCCCCUCUCUCAGAAGCUAACAGUACCCUGCCCUCACUGCGGGACGCACUUGACGCGGGACUUGCCACGGCACCACUGUGACGAAAAGAAGGCGUACAUGGAGCACCAAUUGCAGCACAAGCGAGCGUGA